AUGGAUGCAUAUUCCAUUAAGGUCACGCCGCCCCAAAGCUCACCGCACUGGGUCCAGCCCUUCCAAGCAAGAGUGGCCCAAAUUGACGAAAUUUCGGGCAAUUCGAUCGAGCAUAACACUUCUGUUGGGGUGUUUGAUUUUAGUGGUCCAAUUGAAAUUGCCAUUACCUACCACCAUGCACCUAUUCGCACCGGCGUUGUCCGACCAUACUCCUACGGAAUCCGUCCUCAAAUUAUCAACAACACGAUCCAAUUCUCGCUACAGCAGCCUUGCAACCUCGUGAUUCAAAUCAAUGACAAUAUUUUUGAUACCAUACAGCUCUUUAUGAAUCCCAUCGAAACCAACGUCACGCGUGCCAAUGACCCUGACGUGUUGUACUUCGGGCCUGGUGUCAAUAAUGGGACCGCUAACAUCACAAAUGGGACCUUGUAUGUUCCAUCGGACAAGACGGUAUAUGUGGCUGGAGGAGGGUUGCUCGAUGCCCAAGUAGUGUUUCAGAAUGUCUCGAAUUCAGCAAUCAAAGGCCGAGGAAUCUUGGCGGCGAAAUCAUCAGGAGCUGUGCUUAUCGAAUCUUCAUCGAAUAUUACGGUGGAGGAUGUCGUUAUUCUCAAUCCCAAUGGUUACGCAUUGACUGCGGGAAUGAGCCAGGGAAUCAAUAUCCUAGGUAUCCGCGCCUUCUCCUCCAAAGGCAAUGGAGAUGGAAUCGAUCUCUUCUGCUGUCGUGAUGCUUUGAUAGAUGGAAUCUUCAUGCGCAACUCCGAUGACAAUAUCGCGCUCUACCAGCAUCGUUGGGAUUAUUAUGGGGACUCAAGCAACAUAACUGUGCAGAACUCCGCACUGUGGGCCGACUAUGCGCAUCCUAUCAAUGUGGGGACGCAUGGGAACACGCCGCAUCCGGAAGUCAUGGACGGCGUUACGAUCCGAAAUAUCGACAUUCUCAAUCACCACGAGCCUCAACUUGGGUACCAAGGCUGUAUUGCCAUUAAUGCAGGUGAUGGAAAUCUCAUUCAAAAUGUCCACAUCGAAAACAUUCGUGUGGAAAAUUUUCAGCUCGGCCAAUUGGUAAAUUUCCGUGUCAUGUACAACACAAAGUACAACACUUCCCCUGGUCGGGGAAUUCGAAAUGUGGUGGUCAAGGACCUCACUUACGAAGGUAACCAUGCCAAUCCUUCUUUGCUCCUCGGAUACGAUCGACAGCGACCGAUCACAAAUAUCACCUUCGUGAAUCUCCAAAUCAACGGGAAGAUCAUUGACGAUAAUAUGAAGAAGCCAUCGUGGUACUCCGCCGCUGACUUUGUCCCACUGUUUGCGAAUGAACACGUACACAAUUUGAGCUUUGUUUCUAAUUAA